AUGUUUACAUCGAAACUUGCUGACACCCUUGAUGGGGUAUUGACGGAUAUUACUACGUUUAAUGGCGACUCGACACCACAGUUGGUUGCGCCAGGGUGCACGUUAGGUGUUACUGAUCGAGACUCUACGGUGUACUUGAACUCGAAAGGAGUGAAAAAUAUUGAGGACCCACAGCCAGUGACAAACAAUGAUAGCUAUGCGUUUUUUUCAUGCACCAAAUCGAUGACGGUUAUGGGAGCAUUGAUUUUGUAUGAGCAAGGGAAGUUACAAUUAGAUGUUCCCGUCGCCAGGUAUUUUCCAGAGAUUGCCAAUAUUGGGGUGUUGGAGCCAGGUGCAGUGGACAAGUAUAGUGGUAAGCUUUUAAAGCCGUUGACUACCCCGCAGACCCCAAUUACUGCCAAACACUUGAUUACACAUACUGCUGGGUUUUCAUAUGGGUUUAUCUCUCCAGAUUACUUUGCGCUAAUCACGAAAGGCGAACGGAUCGAUGCGAUCAACCCGCCAAUGGAGUUUUUCCAUAAAAAGACGCCAUUGAUCCACGAGCCAGGAACGGAUUGGGCUUAUGGACACAACAUUGACUGGUUAGGGUUUGUUCUUGAACGGAUCAGUGGCCAAAAGUUAGGUGAGUUUUUGGCAAAGUAUGUGUUUGAACCAAUUGGGAUGUCCAGUUGUACCUUCCAUAAGAAAGAAGCUUCAGAUUUGGUUCGGUUACAUUUUAGAAAGUCCGAUGAGACGUUGGUGUUGCUCAAAAAGAGCCCCAUAAGUUUAGAUCCGAUUUUGGAUUUAGGGGGACAAGGGUGUUUUGGGAGUGUUGGUGAUUACUUAAAGUUUAUACGAGUGUGGUUAAACUAUGGGGUGUCGCCUGAUUCUGGGAAACGGAUUCUUAACGAGUCGACGGUGAAGUUUGCCAUUAGGAACCAUUUACCUGAAGAUUUUGAGUUUGAUUUUAUUGGGUUGUCACACAAUGUUCUUGAUGAAGAUGAAAGGAAAAACGAUGGUUGGACAUUGACAGGCAAUGCGUAUGGUCUGAAUGAUUUGCCCACGGGCAGACCCAAAGGGGCCAACUACUGGUCUGGUGUAGCCAACUUGCAUUUUUGGAUUGACUUUGACAAUGGCAUUGGCGGGUUUUAUGCGGUUCAGGUAUUACCAUUUAUGGAUGAGUAUAAUAUUGAGAGUUAUGCGAGGUUUGAAAGUGAGGUGUAUAAGGAUUUACGUAGUCAAAGCAAAUUGUAA